AUUUUGUUUUUCAAAAAAUGUCAGAUAUUAAGACAAAACCCACUGAAUUACUGUCAAUUGAAACAAAAAUAUUCAAAAUUCAUUUUAUUUUGGCAAGAUAAAUUUAAUGAACAUCAGAGAAAUUGUGAGAGAAAAAUGUGAAAAGUAUUAAAAAAAUUCUCUAGAUCUUUAUAAAAAGUUGUCCUAAGAUGUUUAUUUAGUAAUGAUUGUAUACUGCCAAUUUUGAUGAAGGAUUUAAAAAAUAGGAUCAUUUCCUCCAAAGGGCUUGUAUAUGUGGUCUCACCUUACACCAUUCCCUCUCACCUCCCCUCACCCCACCCUAUUUAUAAUCUUCGUAUAUACUCACUUUGAAUGCAGAUAGCACAACUGCAAGUGCUGGGAAAUAAGACUUUCUGCAUUUGGGUUCUCUUCAAGUUUAUUUGGCAUAUAUUUAUGGAGCAUCUACAAUUUAUAAAUCCCUGAAUCAAGCAGAAGAUAAAAUAAUAAUAGAUUAUUUAUUUAAACUUUGCACGUUAAAUUUCAGUUUCUUGGUUUAAAUAUCGUUUUUUCCCCCAUUUUUUAAGUUUAUUUAUUUUGAGAGAGACAGAGUGUGUGAACAGGGGAGGGGCAGAGAGAGAGGGAGAGAAUCCCAAGCAGGCUCUGUGCUGCCAGUGCAGAGCCUGGCAUGGGGCUCAAACUCACAAACGGUGAGAUCAUGACCUAAACUGAAACCAAGAGUUGGACGCUUAACCCAUUGAGCCACCCAUGCGCCCCUCUGGGUUUAAAUAUCUUAAGGUGAGAACUACUUGAGGCCCUUUUCAGAAGGGUGUGGUUAUAUCCUCUUGUAUGGUUCAGGAAAAAACACUCAGCUUAAAUUUUAGAUAGCUCUAUGGUCCUAGCUAUAUCAUAUUGAUUAUAUCAACGCAGAAUAUAGGAUAUUUUGACAGACCACUUAGGGUUGGAAGAAAAAUAUUUAAAAUGCACUGAAUCUUUUUAGCUUUAUUUUUUUCUAGUUUGAACCUUUCCAGUAGUCCUUUAGUAAAACAAUAUUAAAAUGGAGUAUUAGAGGCACCUGGGUGGCUCAGUCUGUUGAGUGUCCGACUCUUGAUCUCAGCUCACAUCAUCAUCUCACAGUUCAUGAAAUCAAGCCCCGUGUCAGGCUCUCCGCUGAUGGCGUGGAACUUGUUUGGGAUUCUCUCUCUCCCUCUCUGCCCCUAUCCCACUCGCUUUCAAAAGUAAAGUUAAUAAAAUGAAGUAUUAUAUUUACUGUGAGAUACAAUGUACCCCCAAACACUAUACCAUAAACUCCUGAGUCAUGUUAGUCAUGAAAUGAUCCAUUUCAGCUGCUGCUGUAGAGUUUCUUUACAUAGAUAUUGACUUAAUUUAUUUCUUUGCUUUAAUAUUUUUUACAUAUUUAUAACAUUAAAAUUUCCUUAAAGUGCAGCUUUUGUCCUCUCUUCAAUGCUCAGAUUUUCAGUAGUGUUGCAUUACCUUCAAAAUAAAAUCCAGAUUUUAUAAUUUGGUUCUUAUCACCAUCUACGUUUGGUUUCACUCAUUUUUCAUGGAUUGUUUGGUCCAGCCAACAGAUGCUAUUAAGUAGUCUUAGUAUUUGUCCUGUAUUUACUUAGCCCUUUGCUUUUAUUGGCAAGUAGACAGUACUUACAGUAGUUUGAUGGAGGAUUUUUCAUCUGCACGAAGGCAUGAAAUUAAAAUGUAUUCAGUAAAAAUGAUACGUUUUUUUUAAGUUUUAUUUAAUCUCUUCAUCCCAUGUGGGGCUUGAACUCACAAUCCAAAGAUCAAGAGUCGCAUGCUCCUUUGAUUGAGCCAGCCAAGCACCCCAGUAGAAACCGUACUUUGAAGUUUGAAUUUUGUUCUUCUCACAGGCUGGAGAUAUGGGGGACAAUAGGUGCUGGGUGGCAGCAGGGAACUGCACCUCCAGUUAGCCAUGCAAUCACAAGGAAUCAAACACCUAGAAAAUAAGACUGCAGAAUUGGAGCAAUGCAACAAGAGCAAAUGACUUAUGGUGGUUGAGGGAAGUCUUACUUGAGUCAAAAGUCCGAGAAAAAUGAAUGCAUGCAUUGGCCAAGAAGCAGUCAAGUAUUAAAGGGAUAGUCUAAGACUGGCUGAAAGAGGCUUGAUAUAGUCCAGAUAUAUUGACUCCGUCCAGAUAUAUUGACCCAAGCUCAGAUAUACAGAAUAAUUAAAGAGGACCUCAUCUAGGAAAAACAGUCUUCCAGAUUGUGAGUUACACUAUGGAGAGACCCAUGUGACAAGGAACUGAUAAUUCUGUCUGAUAGCCAGUGAGGACCUGGGGUAUGACAGCAGCCAUCUGAGUGAAGCUGGAAGUGCAUUUUUGAGACUUCCCAAAUAGACUGAGCUUGGAAAUAGAUUCUUCUCCAGUUGAGCCUCGAGUUGACUGCAGUCCCUGCCAAUACCUUGGUUGUAGCCUUGUAGGAUACCUUGAAUCAAAGGUAUCCAGCUAAGCUGUGCCCAGAUUUCUGACCUACAGAAAUGUCCUUAAGGUGUGAUGUGAAUGCUUUUGGUGGUGAUGGAAGACAUUGGCCAUGCUCCUCCACCUCCAGAGAAUUGAGAAGCCUGGGAGUUGCUUAAAUGCACAUGGAAAUGAUAAAACCAAAUGCAGUAGAAAAAGACAGCGAAGACACAGAAAGGAAAAGAUGACAGUCCAAGACAGUGUAGACUUUACGGAGAUCAUAUGAGAGAAGAUAUUGAACCAGCCCUGCAUCCCAGGUAUAAAUCCCACUUGGUCGUGAUAUAAGCAAAGCAAAGGAAAUCCUCAGAUGAGCAAGAUCUGUAUUUCAAUACCAAAAACUUCCUCUUGAGUGUCCGGAAGAAGAGAUGGAAGAGAGCAUUAUUUCCUCAAAAGAGAGAGAGAGAGAGAGAGAGAAAGCUCUAGGGAAUGAAAGAGAAGAUAGAGGAGAAUCUCAAAUGGUGAUAAUUUUUUCAACCUCAUCUAUACCUCAAUUUUGAGACACUCUGUAAUAUUUGAGAAUUAACAGAGAGGAAACAAGAUAGAAGUAGGAAACUACCAAAGACUAUUUGUUUAAAAAUAUUCUUUGUCCAUGGAAUCCAGCUAAAAGACUCAGUUACUAAAAUAUCCCACAAGCCAGCUGCUUUCAAAAAGACCUCUACCACUAGCACAAGAUGGAGCCUUUGGCAUAUUAUGAUCAACAAUUUGUGCCAUUAGAAUACUCUUACCAACCAGCCACAACCAAUUCAUUGACACAUCAAUACACAGGUGAAAAACGAAAUCAACCCAAUAAGCUGCCUGUAGUCAGAGUGCAAUCCCAUAGUAAUCACCUUGCAGCACCUCCAGUUAACUCUAAGAAGUUGGUGCAGAGCUGCUCAGUAUUGCCCUCUGCCAAGUCUCAGGACACAAUUUCACAGGGUUUCUAUAACAAGGCUCCAAAAGCACCAUUAUCCCAAUCCAAACAUCAGGACACACCUGCACUAGACCCCCACCAGAGAACUUCACUGUGGCCUAAUCAGAGAGCCUUGAGCUCACCUUUGAUCCACCAUAAAUCCCAGGCAACACCUUCACUUGAUCUUAAUAAGACAUCUUCAUCACUGGAGUCCAGUCAAACAAACUUGAGCUCACGAUUACCCCUCCCCAAACCUCAGACUACAUCUUCCCGAGACUUUUGCUGGACAUCACCUUCACAGAAGUCUAAUCAAAGAGUCUCAAGUUCAUCAUUAUUUCCCCCCAAACAUCAAGAAACACCUUCCCUAGAUGUCUUCUGGAAAUCAUCUUCUUUGGGACCUAAUCAAAGAGUGCUUGGCGCAGCAUUACCACAGUCCAAGCCUCAGAAAACAUCUUCAUUGGAUGGCCUUUGGACAUCUUUAUUAGAGCACAAUCGAAGAUCUUUGAGCUCACCAUCACUCAACUCUACAUCUCAAAUACAUGACUUGCUUCAGUCAUCAUGUUCAUUGGAAUCCAAUCAAAUGGCUCUGAGCUCACCAUUAUCUGACUCCAGACCUCAGACAACAGCUGCAUUGAGCUCUAAUUCCAUUGUUCUGAGCUUACCAUUGUCCCAUUCAAAACCAAGGAAAUCACCUUUAGCACAUUCUGUCCACCAGACUAAGAGUUUGCCAUUGUUCCCACCUAAAUCUCAGACAGUGCUUACACUUAAUCGGGACUUCAGGACCCUCAGCUCACCGGUUUGUCACUCCAAGUUUCAGAAUACCUCUUCACCAAAUGACAAAUACAGGGCCACAGAUUUAUCUUCACCCCAGUAUAAACCAAAUGUCUCAGGUCAAUCAUUAUCAAGCUCUAAACACUUUAUCAGGAGCAUAGCUCCUUCAACAUUGGGCUCCCGAUUCCAGAAUAAAGGCAGCUUUGAUCUUUGUGCAAAGACAGCAUCAAAUAAAGAAAUUUCAUGGAGUUUAGAUUAUAUUCAUCCCUGCAUUGUUAAAGGUGGAAGUGUCCCUGAUGAUGUUGUAAAUAAAAUUGUCAAUUCUCUCUCCAAGACCAGAAUCCAGAGGGAUCUCUGUAGGCAUAUUCUCUUUCGAAGAAUGAGGGGAAGGCCAAAUCCUCAUCCUGGUCCCCGACUUUCAUCAAAUUAUAUGGUAUGUUUAGCUUGUGCUUCCUGCAUAAAAUCUCAAUGUAACCAUCUUACGGGAAGGAAAGAUCCUCAUGGGGCAACGCUAUUUGUCAUCCCAACACCUGAGCUCAGUUCUGAGAGGGGAAUAGAAGUGAAAUUAGUUUUUCUCCUCUCCAUACCAGAGACUUCUCCCUCAUCUGGUCUUCCAUCCUCGGUGAAAGAAAAUCAGCCUGAUGAAAUCCCUGAAGACAAAUCUGAAGGAAUGGAAAAGAUACAAAUUCUCUCUACAUCUGAACCUGAUAUCACCCAGGAGCUAAAUAGGAAGAACAAAGGGCUGACAGCAGCCUCUGAAGACAGAGUUGUAAGCCAACAGCCCCAGGCUAUUGACUGGCUACUUUAUGUGAAGAAAAGUAAUAAUUUUGAGCCGCAGUCCCUGCCUACAUCCUCUUCAUCCUCUACAUCCUCCUCCUCCUCUUCAUCAUCUUCCUCCUCCUCUUCCUCUUCAACUGUGCCCUCUUUACCCCCUCCUUCCAAAGAGUCUACCACAUCUACUCUCUCAGGUUGUGUGUUCACUAAGGUGCUUAGUUACCACCGAUUGCCUCCAGGGGUCUCCUGGCUUGAGUUUAUAUGUAGUAAAAAUCAUCAGCCACUUACUGGGAAACCACGGCAAAGCCAAUCACCAUCUCCCAGAACAAGGCCUAUGUGGAAUAGCACCACAGUAAAAGGGCCAAAGGGACCAAAGAUGCUGUUCAAAUUUUUUCAGACAAAGUUUCAAAAUGAGAGAAAUAUUGAUUAAAUUAACUUUUGUUUCUUUGAAAGCAAUUGACCUCUUAGUUCUUUGAAACUAGAGAUUGAUUUCUUAUCAUGCUUAUUAAAAUUCUUAGUAAUAAUUAAGUGUGAUGUAUAUUUUAGCUGACGAAGCACCUAGUUAAGGGGAACUAAUACUCUUAAGUCUAUUUUCUAGUUAAAUAAUAGACUGUGAUCUCCUAGGAGACAAAACUGAAUCCCAGGUUUUUAACCAAAUGCCCGGCUUAUAGUAGCCACUGUAUAAUCAUUGUUACACGAAUUAAUCAUAAUUGGCCAUAAACCAGAAAGACCUCAUUUGUCUUGCCCUGAACAGUAUCUAGCUCAUUGUUAUUCUCCUUCCUCAUAGAAUAUGCUAAUGACAGUAUCCGUGAGCCAAUUCAUGCUAAUCUGUUUCCCUAUCUCUAAAGAAAAUUCAGAUCAUGUUCAAUAGAUAAGAAUGUAUAUGGAGAGGAAUGUUUUCUCUAGUUAUGAUAAUCUCUUUCUAGUUAUGUGUUCCUAGGGAAAAUUCUUCUAUGCUAAGAUCCUACACUCUGAAAUCCAGCGAUCUGUUCAACCUUAGUUAACAAAUCUCAGGAGAGAAUAACUAACUGGUACAAACAACUUUACCUAUUGUCUGGGCCAAUAUUUAAAUUAUAGGUUCUAAAGCCCGUUCAUCACUUCUAUCUAUACAUCCAAAAUGGGUUAAUAAAAAUGUUUUAAAAAUG